UGCGCGCGCUCCGCCGGGGCCCCGGGAUUGUCGCCUCGCGCGUGGGAUUUGCAGACCGCGGGUUUCUAAUCGGACUCGGAGGAAGCGUCGGCAGCUCUCUGGGAAUUAAGCCGAAUAUCUGGACGCUCUCGCUCUCCCUCUUCUUUUUUCUUCCUUCAAAGAAGCUUGAGACAAAACCAGGAAGCGGAGGACCCUCACCCACUCGCGGGUCGGGAGGAGGAGGAAAACCGAAAGUUGCGGCCGCACGAGCCGCCUCCCGGAGCUCUUUCUCGUGCAUCCCGAGCUGCCGUCGCCCCCGAAGGGCGGAUCCGCGGAACCGCGGCCUGGGAAGGGACCGAGCUCCCGAAGAAAGAAGUCCGGGUCACCCCAGCCUGGGGCCGAGCGGCGGCGCUUUUCUGCCCGCGCCGCUCGGGGCACGGCCACCCCCGCGCACUCCCUGCGGCUUCGGGACGGGAACCGGGGGGCGCGGCCGGCCGAGCGAGUCCGGCGCGGCACCAUGGGCCGCCGGUGCGCCCUCGCCCUCGCCGUGCUGUCAGCCCUGCUGUGCCAGGUCUGCAGCUCCGGGGUGUUCGAGCUGAAGCUGCAGGAGUUCGUCAACAAGAAGGGGCUGCUGGGAAACCGCAACUGCUGCCGCGGGGGCGCGGGGCCGCCGCCGUGCGCCUGCAGGACCUUCUUCCGCGUGUGCCUCAAGCACUACCAGGCCAGCGUGUCCCCCGAGCCGCCCUGCACCUACGGCAGCGCGGUCACGCCGGUGCUGGGCGUCGACUCCUUCAGCCUUCCCGACGGCGCCGGCGCCGACCCCGCCUUCAGCAACCCCAUCCGCUUCCCCUUCGGCUUCACCUGGCCGGGCACCUUCUCCCUGAUCAUUGAGGCUCUCCACACAGAUUCUCCUGAUGACCUCACAACAGAAAACCCAGAAAGACUCAUCAGCCGUCUGGCCACACAGAGGCACCUGACGGUGGGCGAGGAGUGGUCUCAGGACCUGCACAGCAGCGGUCGAACAGACCUCAAGUACUCCUACCGCUUCGUGUGUGAUGAACAUUACUACGGGGAGGGCUGCUCUGUCUUCUGUCGACCCCGAGAUGAUGCUUUUGGCCACUUCACCUGUGGGGAGAGAGGGGAAAAAGUCUGCAACCCUGGCUGGAAAGGCCAGUAUUGCACCGAACCGAUCUGCUUGCCAGGAUGUGAUGAGCAGCAUGGGUUUUGUGACAAGCCAGGGGAGUGCAAGUGCAGAGUGGGCUGGCAGGGCCGGUACUGUGACCAGUGCAUUCGGUACCCAGGCUGUCUCCACGGCACCUGCCAGCAGCCGUGGCAGUGUAACUGCCAGGAGGGCUGGGGCGGCCUCUUCUGCAACCAGGACCUGAACUACUGCACGCACCACAAGCCCUGCAGGAAUGGGGCCACGUGCACCAACACGGGCCAGGGGAGCUACACCUGCUCUUGUCGGCCGGGUUACUCGGGGGCCGACUGUGAGGCGGAGAUCGACGAGUGUAGCACCAGCCCCUGCAGGAACGGAGGCAGCUGCACGGAUCUUGAGAACAGCUACACUUGCACCUGCCCGCCUGGCUUCUACGGCCGAAUCUGCGAGCUAAGUGCCAUGGCGUGUGCCGACGGCCCCUGCUUCAAUGGGGGACGGUGCUCGGACAACCCCGAGGGAGGCUACACCUGUCGCUGCCCUGGGGGCUUCUCCGGCUUUAACUGUGAGAAGAAGGUGGAUUCCUGCAGCUCUUCACCCUGCUCUAAUGGUGCGCAGUGCGUGGGCCUCGGGGACUCCUACCUGUGCCGCUGCCAGCCUGGCUUCUCUGGGAGGCGCUGCGAGGACAACGAGGACGAUUGUGCCUCCUCCCCGUGUGCCAACGGGGGCAGCUGCCACGACGGCCCGAAUGAGUACUCGUGCGUCUGUCCCCCCGGUUACACAGGCAGGAACUGCAGUGUCCCCGUCAGUAGGUGUGAGCACGCGCCCUGCCACAACGGGGCCACCUGCCACGAGAGGGACCGGCGCUACCUGUGUGAGUGCGCCCGGGGCUACGGGGGCCCCAACUGCCAGUUCCUGCUGCCUGAGCCUGCGCCAGGCCCUGUGGUGGUGGAUCUCACCGAGAAGUACGUGGAGGGCCAGGCCGGGCCCUUCCCCUGGGCGGCCGUGGGCGCCGGCGUGGUGCUGGUGCUGGUGCUGCUGCUGGGCUGUGCCGCCGUGGUGGUCUGCGUGCGGCUGCGGCUGCACAAGGCCCGGCCCGCCGCAGAGACAGAGACCAUGAACAACCUGGCCAGCCGCCAGCGCGAGAAGGACGCUGCCGUCAGUGUUAUCGGGGCCGCGCAGAUCAAGAACACCAACAAGAAGGUCGACUUCCACGGGGACCACGGGGCUGAGAAAAACGGUCUCAAGGCCCGCUACGCCGCUGGGGGUUAUAACCUGGUGCGGGACCUCAAGGCGGACGCCGCCACUGCCGACAGGGACCCCCACAGCAAGCGGGACGCCACGUGCCAGCCUCAGGGCCCUGCAGCGGAGGAGAAGAGCGUCCCGGCGCUCCGGGGCGGAGACGCGUCUGAAAGAAAGAGGCCAGACUCCAUGUAUCCCGCUGCAAAAGACACAAAGUACCAGUCGGUGUACGUCAUCUCGGAGGAGAAAGAUGAGUGUGUCAUAGCGACUGAGGUCAGUGCGCGGUGUGCGGCACAGCGGCGCCCCGGGCCCGGCCUCAGGACGGAAGCGGGUGGAGAGGUCAGAGGAUAGUGACCUCUCUCUGGAACUAACCUCGCAUUCUGUCUUGUGGGCCCCUCUAGGUGUAAAAUGGAAGUGAUAUGGCAAAAUUCCCGUUUCUCUUAAAAUAAAUAAAAUUCCAAGGAUAUAUGCCCCAGUGGAUGCUGCUUGAAAGAGGAAAGGGAGACCCACGGACUGCUGCUGGGAGCCGAUCCGGACGGAGCCGGUUCUCUCCCGGAGGUCGGCCGGCACGCCGCCCGGGCUGCCGCUCCACAGCGUCCGAGGGGGCCUGUUGCACUGCCUUUUCGGGUGUUUCCAUUGCACUAUGGACGGUUGCUUUUAAAAGAUAUAUAUUUAAGUGAACGGACUGACUUGCUGCGUAGGAAGCGUGAGCUGCCUGAGGUGUGUGUCUUGGAUACUUACGAGCCGGUCUGUUCUUGAGUUAGAAUCGCGAACACUGCCUUCAUCGUCCUUUUUGAUACUAAAAGGUGUUUUUUCUAGGUGGAAAAAAUGUGUGUUAUUUUUUGGACUUGUAAAAAUAUUUUUCAUGAUAUCUGUAAAGCUUGAGUAUUUUGUGAUGUUCAUUUUUUAUAAUUUAAAUUUUUGGUAAAUAUGUACAAAGGCACUUCGGUUCUAUAUAUUUUUUGUAUAUAAAUGUAUUUAUGGGAUAUUGUGCAGAUGCUAUUGGAGGUUUUUACUGUUUUGUUAAUGAAGAAAAUCCUUUUUAAGAUAUUUUUCCAAAAUAAAUAUUAUGAAU